AUGUUAAAAGCAGCAAAAAUAUUAGAAAUGCCUGUAAUUGUUACUGAACAGUAUCCUAAAGGACUUGGACACACAGUUCCUGAGUUAGAUGUCACUGGAAUAAAAGUUUGCCCAAAAACACGAUUUUCAAUGGUUAUUCCAGAUGUUGAAAAUCAAUUAAAGGAGAAAAUAGAUAAGAAAACUAUUUUGCUGUGUGGUAUUGAGACCCAAGCAUGUAUCCAGCAAACAGUUCUUGACCUUUUGGAAAAAGACUACCAGGUACAUGUUAUUGUUGAUGGAUGUUCAUCUCGUACAAUGGUUGACAGAAUGUAUGCAUUUGACCGAAUGAAAGAAGCUGGUGCCUUUUUGACGACAAGUGAAAGUGCUCUGCUAGGUCUCUGCCAAGAUGCUGCCCAUCCUAAGUUUAAAGAAAUCCAACAUCUGAUUGCACAACCAGCACCUGAUAGUGGAUUACUUGCGUAUAAAUGA